UUUCACUAUUCGCUUCGUAGUUUACAGCAAACGGACGUAAAUUUUGUGCGGAAACAAUUUGUUGUUUUACUUUGGAAUUAUGCCUGUGCGUUUAGGAGUUAAAUUUGGAUCCAUGGAGAAUAAAGGAGUACGUAGAUGUCUGUUUGGAAUUCCUGACCAUGAUGAACUUAAAAAGGAGUUAAAAGCUCAGCUAGAACAGACAUCAUCUGAGAUGAAGAACACUUGGAAUUUUGACCCUUUGCUGGAUCAGCCCCUAAACGGCCGAUACGAGUGGAAUUUACCCGAAAAGGACGAAUACGUGCCGUCUUUCUACACGAAGCAGUACAGACCAACUAAAUUCAGAAGUAGAAGGAAUGUUCUGUCAGAAAUUGACCCAAAAUCAGCAGGGAGCGACUUGACACCUCCAGCUUCACCCAUUUUAUCUGUGCCCAUCAUCGCACGAUUGUCCCCAGAAACAGAAUCGGACAUUGAAGCAGAGGCUAUAGAGAUGAAAAGGGAGAAUGAAACUACACCUGAAGCCCGUGUCGUGAGACAAACAAAAAUACCAGAAUAUAUGAGAGUGAAAAAGAGGCGAUUGUCAGAAGACUACAGUAGUGAAGAUGAUUCAAGACCCUCAAAGAGCGCCAGAACGUAGCUCUAUAAAAUAGAGAUAUAUCUUUAUUUAUUGCUUACCAAAGCAAGUGCUAGCCGGAUUGGUGCAUGUGGUACCCAGACAUCACUAUUACAUUGAAGAACGGGUCCUUGGUUAAAAUCAUGGAUUAUGAAACUCUGCAAAAUCUCAUGUAAACUUGUAAGAAGAAAAAACAGCCCGUUUAUAAGUUUGUAUGUGUUAGACACAUUUUGAACAUUAAUCUAUGGAAAACCAGGCGUUUCAGCAAACAAUGAUCUCAGCAUGUGCAUGUUAGGUUACCAUGACUACGGCUACUAUAGAAUGUGAUAGAUUAGGGACCUCUAGGACAUUCACCAUAAAAUGGACAAGCCAGACAGAGAUACAACACCAGCUGGUUUUAGUUUGAGCAACUUUCAAAGUUGCUUAAUUAGUUAGUGAGAGAAUUUAGCCCUAUGAUAAUAUCAUUCAAUGAAUAGCAUAUUUAAUGUAUACUUCAACUUCAUACACAAGUAGAUUUUUGUUAUAUCCACACACCUGGACUUAGACCUUAAUUUAUUAAUCAAAGUAUAUUUAUGCAUUCAAAUACAUUAUGAUUCAGUAUAGGCAAAAUUAUAAAUUCAUUGAGUCUCUUUGUUAGAGGAGUAGGUGAGUAUAGCCUGCAGCAGUUUUAUCUAUUUCUCAUUAAGUUAAGACACACUAUUGACAGAUAUUGAUGUAUUACAUUAAACAGUGAAAUAGCUUAAGGGAUCUUUGUAUUGAGAAUGGUAUAUUUAUUAGGUCAUUUGUAAAACAUGAUAUUAGAAUUCCUAUGUCUAGUGUUUGUAGGUUUUGUACACAUUCUUAAAUUACUACCUGUCAUCCUAUUAUCAGAUAGUCAAUAAUUAAAGUUGCGUAAUGUAGUUAGAUCUGAUAGAGCCCAAACUGUCUUAAAAACAGACAGUGUAAAAAACCCACCAUUUUGUGUUCCAUUGAAAAAUCAUAUCAGGGUUCAUUUUAAAUAGUUAUAGAAGUAUUCUGCUUGUUUUACAAGUAAAAAGUUGAGAAAAUCUUGUAUAUUGAAAUGUAUUUUGCAAAGAAUUUAUCUGUCAUUUCUAGUCAGAGUAAAGAAAACUUUCCGGAUUAUUUUUUGAAUGAAUCUACAUUUGAAAAAUAAUCAUAAGGAGGCAUGUUAUUUUAUUCCGACUGUUUGAAUUUGAAAAAAUCUUUGCUUGAUAUAUUUAUACAAGAUUUUAAGUAUAUAGCUGAUAUUUUUAGGGAAAUUUAAUGUAUUUAGGUAGUAGUUUAAUGUCAGUUGAGGCCGUGUAACUUUACAUUAUUUUUUUAGUUAAAUGUUACUCACAAUGCUUUCUUGUAAAAUGCGUUAGGAUUAUGCAGUGAAUUUGAAAUCUUUGCUGUAUAAUGCAUCUAACAUGUUUUCUGCGGGUGGCAUUUGAGUGCUCUUUUUUGCUUUAAUAAAUAGAUGUAAAGUUUCCAUGGUGCUGAUGCUGUAAGCAAUUCUUUUUCUGACUGGGUAUCAUUUUUAUUCAAGAAUACGGAUGUUUUAAGGAAACUGAAAUAACACAAUGUAACCAGUCCAGGUAUACCCAGAAUGCAUUUCAUUAACCAUUGUAAUUGGUGCAAUUUUUUUUCAGCAUUUAAUGUAUGCAUUGUCAUUAUGUUAUUUUGUAUGAUAUUUUAACUUACACAGUUAUGUCAUUUGAUAAAUUUGUUUACAUUAUACUAAGUAAUUGAUUCCCAUUUAAACAUUUGCUCAUGAUGGUAAAUUUACAUCUUCUAAUUUUUAGGUUAAAAAUGGGAGUUUGGCGAUUUUGUUGGUUUACUCAUUCGGUCAUGUCAGGAGUUGCUGUUAGUCAAAUAAUAGAUAUGUUGGAAUAAUACAUAUGCUUAUGAAAUGGCCAUUAUUUAUACAAAUUAUUGUUUGUAUCAAUAGUGAUCAGUAUGUGUUAUAUCCAUUCAAAUCCAGAAUGACUUCAGCUUUCUUGACUUCACUACAAUAUUAAAUUGAUUUUAAACUAACAGAUUAUUAAUUUUGUUUCGAUUGAAAGUUACAAAAAUUACUUUAAUAUUUGGUUGUUGACCACAAAUUGGUUAUGUGCAAUUUAUUAAAACUCAUCCGAGGAUGGGUUUGAAGUUGUUGAUCUCAAAAAAUAUUUAAUUAUGAAAUUAUCUUGCUUUUUUUUGUGUGAAAAUGUUGUAAAUAAAAAUAUACACGAAGUGUAUUAUUAUUAUAUGGACGAUGUUAUUUAUUAUUUAUAUUUUGGAGGCGAUGAUAGAAGUGUAAAGUUUUUGAAGUACUAUCUUUUGACGGUUUAUUUUUAGCUUAUUAAUUAAAAAGCAUUUUUAAAUGGAUGUCCAGUUUACCAUAUGAAAGAAAUACUUUUUUGUUUUGGCUUCCUGCUAAACUCCAAUAAAAAAAAUUCAAAAUUUAUUUUAAAACAUUUUUUUCCCAGCUGAAUGUAGUGUUACAAGAUCAAAAGAUGAACUUCAAUUUCUUUACAUUUCUGAUAGUAUAAAAAUGUGAACCAGAAAGCAAACAUUAAGUUAAAAAAUGCCAUCAGAUGUCUUGCCAAAAAAUAGCUGUAACUUGAGAAGAACAUUCAAUGCAGAAUAGUAACUUCUUUCUUUCUUUCGUUUUUGCUUGGAAACAAAAUGUUCCAAUUCAAAUUAACUUUUUCUGGUUCACUGUUCUGAAAUGGUAAAGUUUAAAUGUGUUGUUACCACAGAUCUCAGAGGCAGUGUUGAUAUGUUGCUAUUUUAAGGUCAUGUACCAAACAUUGACCUUUGGUUAAGCUUAUUAAAUCCAUCACAAAAUUUUCUAAAGAUUGGGAUACUUGCAAGCUUUUAAAUAUUUUACCUUUCAAAGUUAGUUGUAUUUUUGAAACUGUUACUGAGUGAACAUGUCUCUUACCCUGUAUGUUGUCAGGGUCUUUAAAAAAAACUAUUUUUAGUGACUUAAUGAAGUAUAUAGACAGUGUUGAUAGACUAACUUGGAAAGAAUAUACAACUAGUGGUCGUUAGUAUUCCUUUAUGCGACCAUUCGUAAUAUGAUGAAUUGUUUUAUAUAUUUGAAAAAAAUAAAAAUGCUUUUAAGUUGACAAA